AUGUCAUUCAGGCAAGAGCUUUAUUCAGAUUUGCCAAAGGAUGUACCCUCCCUGGAUGAUGAUCUUCAAAGUUCUCGUUUGGCAAGGUAUAACAACCCCAAGCUGAUUUCGGACAUCAAAAAAUGGCUUUUUGGCCAGAUGCUACGGCCGUCAGGCAAGUCCAUACCGGAUGAAGAAUUUAUAGACAAGACUGAUUUGAUAGAGUUACUGAGAGACGGUGUGUACUUGUGCCAAUUGAUUGAUGUUAUAGACCCUGGAAAGAUCAAGUAUAAGGCAUCAAAGAUGCCAUUUGUGCAGAUGGAAAAUAUCGCAAAUUUUCUUCAGUAUGCGAGAGAAGUGAUUGGGGUUCCAGAAAACGAAUUGUUUCAAACUGUUGAUCUUUAUGAGGGUAAGGAUCCUUACCAAGUUGCGAUGACAAUUCAAGCACUUUCUAGACAGUUGACAAUCAAGGAUAAAGAGAGAUUUCCCAAUUCAAUAGGCCCCGAAUUAGUUGAGAAACGCAAACCGCCUGUACCGACAAAACCUACCCAUUUGGCUGGCUGGAGUAAACAUGAAUAUGGCUACAUCAAUAAAGAUGUGGAGAAUGUUGUUUUCAGUGGCAAGAGAGACAUCACCGGACGCCGCUAA